GCGGCACAUCCCCACCCAGAAAUUCCCAAAGGACCUCCCCCGGGAUUGCAUCCCACGGCGCGACGUGGACUGGUGAUGAUGGAUGGAAAAUGAUCUGAUUGGUUGAUCGAUCGUUUGUGGUUUAAUGAAACAACGUUUGUGAAUUGUUGACCUCACCACAUUGCGUUUUAUCGGUAGCACUGACAAAUAUCUUAUGUGAGAUCUGGAAUUAGAAUUCUCAAGUUUCAAAGCUAAUCAGCAUUUUACGGCGACAAAAUUAUUCCGUUCAAAGGUCAUUAACUUUGUCAUGAAAAGAUCACGUGCAGUGCACAAGGGUUUUGUUAGUCUCCGAGAUUCACAUCAGCUGUUAUUUUUAAUCCAUGGACGAUUUAUAAACUUAGGCAAGGAAUAGGAUUAUAAAUUGCAACACAGUCGCUCUCACCGAUUAUUUCUUUCUGGGAGGGCCGGCGGUUGUGAAACGGGCUAGAUAUAGUGUAAUAAAUAAAUGAAUAAAACGGGCUGAUUUCUACAGACAGUCUGUCAUCUCCCACCCCUCCCUUAUCAAACCGUAAUCUGCCGCGGGAAAGUUGGGGCCAAGAAACGAGAACGCCUGACUCUUUUUGCCAAUACAUGUACGUGUAUCUUUAGAAGUGGAUAAUUGUCGAACAGGCAGUGGAGAAAGCUGAGGUUAUUUCAGUAAAAGCCGAAAGUCUUCAAAUAUAAAUGGCAGCAAACAAGCGUCUUUCGGCAGUGUCAGGUCAUUUACAUCCGAGUUUAUCACAUGGCGAGAAAUAUCGACGAUGUCUCGUGGAAGAUUUACGAAAGCAUGGAGUUAAUGACGUAGAGUUAUCUGGUCCCCCUCCAUGUCAUGAAGUGGAGUAUCAGACUCUUCUCACCCCAGAAGCACUGAUGUUUGUUGUUGAACUUGUGAAGCAGUUUGAUAAGAGUGUGGAACAGAUGCUAAGAUAUCGAACCAUAAGGAAACUGCAACUAAAUGACCUGGAUGAACUGCCAUUCUUCCAGCCACAAAGUGCAGAAGUUCGGGAUAAAACCUGGAAGGUGUUGCCUGUCCCACCCAGACUGCAGUGCAGGAUAGUAGAUCUUGGAGACAUCUCUCCUGCCAAUACAGAACUCUUUAUGAAGGCACUUAAUUCACCAGCUUGUGGCAUACAGGCUGAUCUUGAUGAUGGCCAUUGUCCUUCCUGGUCAAAUCAGUUGAGAGGACUUUACAACAUUUACCAAUUUGUACAUGGCAGUAUGACAGGAGUUCCAUCAAUGUCUAAUGCUCCAGUAAUCAUGUUUCGACCCAGGGCAUGGAACAUGUUGGAAUUCAAUAUGAUGGUUGGAGGAAGAGUCAUUCCUGGCCCACUGUUUGACUUUGGUCUUCACAUGUUUCACAACAGCAAACUUAUGAUGACAGAAGGAAAUGGUCCUUUCUUCUACUUACCGAAGCUUGAAGGUUCCAAUGAAGUGAAGGUUUGGAAUGAGAUCUUUGUUUGGACUCAACAAAGGCUUGGUCUGCCUCAGGGAUCCAUCAAAGCUAGUGUUCUGAUAGAAAGUAUCUAUUGCUCGUUUGAGCUUGAUCAAAUCCUGUAUGAAUUGCGGCAGCACUCCGCUGGGUUAAACUGCGGCAUGUGGGACUACUCAGCCUCUCUUGUGAGCAACUUUGGACACCGUCCAGAUUUCAUUUUGCCUGAUCGUAAGAAGUACGUUUCCAUGGAUAAGCAAUAUCUCAAGAGUUACAUGGACCUGGUUGUCAAGACAUGCCACGCGCGGGGCUGUCACGCCACUGGUGGAAUGGCGCCAGUUGUGUUACCAAAGAAUAAUCUGCAGCUCCGACAGCAAAUCACUGGCAAUGUUUGCAGAGCAAAAUUGAAAGAAAUCAAGGCAGGAGCAGACGGGUUUCUGGUUUUUGAUCCAGAUCUUGUGCAGCCUUUGAUCCAGCUGUGGGAUUCAGAAGUUACUUCAAAGAACCAACUUCAUGUAAGCCGGUCUGACGUGUUUGUCUCGAGAAAAGACCUCCUUCAUCUUCCACAAGGUGGAUUUACUUUACAAGGAUUACAGAAUAACAUUACUGUUGGAAUCAUUUUCAUAGAUGCUUGGCUUAGAGGGGAGGGUGUGUUUGUGCUGAAUGGAGCUGUUGAAGAUUCAGCUACGGCCGAGAUUUCUAGAUCACAGGUUUGGCAAGCCAUUCGCCACCAGUGUGUGUUGGAGGGAGAUGGACGUACAGUGACGAGAGAACUCGUUUCUGAUCAAAUCAAGCAUAUCACAGAUGAGCUGGUACGGGAGAAAGCUCAAAAUGCUGUGGAUACAGAGAGGCUCUCAGUGUCUGCUCAGAUAUUAGAGGAACUCGUUUUAAAACGGGACUUUCCACAGUUUAUAACGACGUAUCUUUAUGAACACCACAAGUUCAGGAAUACUGUACAAUAAUAAAAUAGUAAUGGAACUGCAAGUGUUAGCCGCUUCAUUUCCAGGCUCCAUGCUAUUCUCUUCGUUAAGAGCGGACACAUGGAGCCUGGGGCAUGAUGGGAAGUAGGAUGUACGUCUGUAUACUUUCUUCUUCAAAUCAGUUCCACAAUUCAAUGCGCACGGACGACAGAAGAGCGAGGCCUGGGGACCAAGCAGACUUUCAAGUCCGAUUCUUGGGAAAUUUUUAACAAUAGCAGAUUUUCAAGUUGUCAUUUGACUACAACUACCAGAAUUCCUUUCGUUUUUUCUUUAUUAUUGAAAUUUUGAAUUCGCAGUGGGAUUCAACGAACAAUUGCCCUGAUUAGCACCAGAAAGAGAAAAAGUGAAGGAUUCUGGUAGUUGUGGUCAAAUGACGCCAUCGUGCAAAUCGUCUAUUACGGAGAGGAACAAAACAGAGCGCCUUUUCACUUCACCCACAAGCUGCCAGGAACUUUUCUUAUAGGCCCUUUACCUAAAUUGGGCCUACAUUUGAGUAACAAUACUUUGUACAUCCUUAACCUCGUUCUUAUGUUUCUAGACAAAGAAUUUUUCAAAUGAAUGCGAGUUUUAGGAUGUAUAAGUAUUGUUAUUCAAAUUUAGGCGCUAUUCAUGCAGAGUCUAUGUAGAAACCAGAAAUAUUCCUAGUGAACGAAGGCGGUCAAACUGCCCUGGAGAAAAAUCUUUGAUUGAAGAGUAAACGCGGUACUCUUUAUUUAGUUUUUUUUUUUCUUGUACGACUGUAACAUACCGCGCCCUAACAUAAGCCCAGGUAUCACUCAAAAUGAUAGCAGAGAGGAACAAAUCUACACGGUUGCUAUUCUGUGUCUAAGAUGAAAAAUCGAUGUUGCUUAUUGUUGA